GGCGCAAACAAACAACUAUCGAUAGUGAGCAUCAUUACGAAAUACCUAGUAGCUGCAACAUUCAUUAGAUGUACCUCUCCUGCCUAUCCAUAUACGUAACGCCCUUUAUAGAUUUCACUGCUCUAUUGAAAACUAAAUAGGACUAAUAAUGUCCUGGGAUUCUAAAUCUGUCACGAGGCGCCGUCAGAACAGCUCUCUCAGCUCUUCUAAAGCACUGCCGCAUCACACACGACAGCUAUCGAAGCAACCAACACAACCCAGGUCCCAUCAUGUUACUGACCCUUCUCUCGAAAGCUUCCUCUCCCCAUCGUUCAACGCUGCUGAAUACCUCAAUGCCUCGCUCCCGCCACUCCAAACAUCAUCGCGUUCGACCGACGGCGCGGUUCCUUUAGCAGAGCUAUCUACUCAUGCUCAGACACAAUUAUCCCAGUUGAAUGCCCACACGACGAGGUUAACGAACACAUUGACGCAAUUGACCGACGAUAUCCUACGAAGCGGAAGUCGAUUGGCUUAUGAGGUCGAACUCCUACGGGGCGAGACAUUAAGUCUAUCGGAGGCGUUGUCAGAGGGUCUACAUGAAGAUAUUGCAAAAUUCAUCCCGAAUGGCAUACAAGAACAGCAAGCUUCCAAAGCGAACGGGGCCAAUCAAGCUAGCUCCAGACGUGCGUCCGAAGCUAUAGCUCCCACAAAUCUGGAGCCUAUUCUGUCGGAUGGCAACAACCAAGAACCGCCGUACAUAAGUCAACUUCAAACCUUGACAUUAGUACGUUCGCGGCUGGAUACUGUCGUUAAGACGUUUGGUGAAGCUAUGGAAUUUGUGUUUCCGCCUUCGGAGCUUUCUGUCAGUUCUUCUUUUCUGUCCGUUUCUGCGCCGGAGCCUGGAAAGGAAGCGCAUAGUACAGAAGAAAAGGGGCAGCAAGUGCUCAAGCAGCUCAAAGAAGAUAUAUCUGCUUUUCUCACGAAGAGUGCUGAUCCUGUUGAGGGGAUUGAAAAGGCGGCGCAUCGCAUAGAGGAGCUUAAGGAGUUAACGAAAGUGUGGAAAGGAACAGCAGAAGAGAAAGGAAGGACGAAGUUUAUCGAUAGCCUUGCCAAAAUGGUCGAGGAUAGACAUAAAGAAUUGUUGCGUGAAGUGGAACAAAACGGACGACGUGAUGGAAAGGCAGACUUGGAUAGUCAUUCCAGAAAAGCUGCUACUAGCCCAGAUGCAGGAGGCAUGGAGAGCAAACCACUUUAUGGAAUAAUGAGUCAGUUACAGAGGCUCCGGGCGGGCCUAUAAUGAGUCAAUGGAAGGUCGAUCGACUACUAGAAACCGUAUGGUCGUGACUAACAGCUGUUUGUGGAUUUUUCAUAUAAACCCGGACAAGAAUGUCCCUCUAGAGAAUUUUCGCCUUGGCGUGCUUGAUCUAUUACUGCAAACACUUUGCGUCCAGCUAUUAAGCAAUUCCACUGACUUCUCUAAAAUCUUAUAUCUCAUGUCCAAACACGGUUGUUAUUUUCCUUGGCUUUGUAGAUAUCAUCAUGGGUUGGUGUUUUUUGAGAGCACAAUGGUGUUCUUGGUAAGCCUAGCUACCUUGACGAGCGGUGAAGGAUGAUAGGAUGCGGCUUGGCUGAACGAUAU